CACUCGCGCGCCGGGACCGACGACACCCCCGCGCGCGCACACGCCUGGGACAGGAGCGGGCCUCCUGCGCAGCUCCCCUCGGCCGCCGGGGGCCUCCCCGCGCCUCGCCGGUCUCCAGGCCCCCUCCUCGAGCCGCGCCAACGCCACAUCUGGCCGGCACAUCUGCCCGGCCGGCCGGGCACGGGGUCCCGAGAGGACGCGGCGCGGAGGUGCAGCCAGGGGUCCGGGAAGGCGCCGGCAGCUUGCGCUCGGGGCUUGGUCUAUGACGAUCGGCGGGGUCUGCCAUGGGUCGGGGGCUGCUCAGGGGCCUGUGGCCGCUACACAUCGUCCUGUGGACGCGCAUCGCCAGCACGAUCCCUCCGCACGUUCAGAAGGCGGUUAAUAAUGACAUGAUGAUCACUGACAACAAUGGCGCAGUCAAGUUUUCACAACUGUGCAAGUUUUGUGAUGUGAGGUCUUCCACCUGUGACAGCCGCAAAUCCUGCAUGAGCAACUGCAGCAUCACAUCCAUCUGCGAGAAGCCACACGAAGUCUGUGUGGCUGUCUGGAGGAAGAAUGAUGAGAACAUAACAUUGGAGACGGUUUGCCAUGACCCCAAGGUCCCCUACCACGGAUUUAUUCUCGAAGAUGCUGCUUCUUCAAAGUGUAUUAUGAAGGAAAAAAAAGUGAAUGGCGAGACUUUCUUUAUGUGUGCCUGUAGCUCUGAGGAGUGCAAUGACCACAUCAUCUUCUCUGAAGAAUAUUCCACCAACAACCCUGACUUGUGGUUAGUCAUAUUCCAAGUGACAGGCGUCAGCCUCCUGCCACCGCUGGGCAUUGCCAUCGCUGUCAUCAUUGCCUUUUACUGCUACCGUGUUCACCGAAAGCAGAAGCUGACGCCAUCCUGGGACACCAGCAAGCCACGGAAGCUCAUGGACCUCAGCGAGCACCUCGCCAUCAUUCUGGAAGACGACCGCUCCGACAUCAGCUCCACGUGUGCCAACAACAUCAACCACAACACGGAGCUGCUGCCCAUUGAGCUGGACACCCUGGUGGGGAAAGGUCGCUUUGCCGAGGUCUACAAGGCCAAGCUGAAGCAGAACACCUCAGAGCAGUUCGAGACCGUGGCGGUCAAGAUCUUUCCUUACGAGGAGUAUGCUUCUUGGAAGAUGGAGAAGGACAUUUUCUCAGACAUCAACCUAAAGCAUGAGAACAUCCUCCAGUUCCUGACGGCCGAGGAGCGGAAGACAGAGUUGGGGAAGCAGUACUGGCUGAUCACUGCUUUCCAUGCCAAGGGCAACCUACAGGAGUACCUCACGAGACAUGUCAUCAGCUGGGAGGACCUGUGCAAGCUGGGCAGCUCCCUCGCCAGGGGCAUAGCUCACCUGCACAGUGACCACACCCUGUGUGGGAGGCCCAAGAUGCCCAUCGUGCACAGGGACCUCAAGAGUUCCAAUAUCCUGGUGAAGAACGACCUGACCUGCUGCCUGUGUGACUUUGGGCUCUCCCUGCGUCUGGACCCCACUCUGUCUGUGGAUGACUUGGCCAACAGUGGGCAGGUGGGAACUGCGAGAUAUAUGGCCCCAGAAGUCCUAGAGUCCAGGAUGAACUUGGAGAAUGUCGAGUCCUUCAAGCAGACAGACGUCUACUCCAUGGCUCUGGUGCUCUGGGAAAUGACGUCUCGCUGCAAUGCAGUGGGAGAAGUGAAAGAGUAUGAGCCUCCCUUUGGUUCCAAGGUGCGGGAGCACCCCUGUGUUGAAAGCAUGAAGGACAAUGUGUUAAGAGAUCGGGGACGACCAGAAAUCCCCAGCUCCUGGCUCAACCACCAGGGCAUCCAGAUGGUGUGUGAGACUCUGACCGAGUGCUGGGAUCAUGACCCAGAGGCCCGUCUCACGGCCCAGUGUGUGGCAGAGCGCUUCAGCGAACUGGAGCACCUGGACAGACUCUCGGGGAGGAGCUGCUCCGAGGAGAAGAUUCCCGAAGAUGGCUCGCUGGGCACUACCAAAUAGCUCUUCCAGGGCAGGCUGGCCCAAGUCCAAAGAGGUCACCCCUGUUGCCAAAGAACGGAGGCAGCAGGAAGCUGCCCCUAAACCAAUGGAUGCUUCCUGGAAUAGCAGGACCCACUCCCCUCCCUGUAGGCUGUGGGACUGAGCAGCAACAACAGUGACAGGGAGUGGGUGACAUGAAGCAUUCUAUGCCUUUGACGUUGUCAUAGGAUAAGCUGUGUUAGCAGUUCCUCAGGAAAUGAGAUUGAUCUUUACAAUAGCUAAUAACAUUUGCACUUUAUUAAUGCCUGUAUAUAAAUAUGGAAUAGCUAUGUUAUAUAUAUAUAUCUAUAUCUAUAUAUAGCCAUACUCUGGAAAGAGACAAAGAAAAAGAUCAGAUAUUCCCAGGAAAUUGGUUUGAUUGGAGAGUUCCAGAGCUGUGUGCAGAAGAAAGGAUCCAUGACAACAUUAGCACUUGACAAUCACACACGGACGGAUGGUUCUCUGACUACGCGAGGAGGCGCUUUGCAUUAGGAGAACGGCUCCGUGUGUCAGAGCCUGCCACGGCCACUUUGCACUCGCUUUUGCAAUACGGUUCCUUACGUGU